AUGGCGCACAAUCCUGCGGAACCAAUCGCUGUCAUAGGUUUGGGCUGCCGAUUCCCCGGCAGCUCCAACACCCCCUCCAAGCUAUGGGACUUGAUCUGUGACAAGAGAGAUAUUCUGAGAAAGAUCCCCAUAGACAGAUUCAAUGCAGACAGCUACUUCCAUGAAGAUGGGGAGAGACAGGGGCUGAUGAACGUCAAGCAUGCCUACACCCUAGAUGAGGAUAUCAGAGCGUUUGACGCCUCCUUUUUCAAGAUAAACGCCCGGGAGGCGGAGGCCAUGGAUCCGCAGCAGCGACUGCUCUUAGAAACAGUGUACGAAGCGCUGGAAUCCAGCGGAUUAUCCAUGGGUGAUCUGCAGGGCUCUGAUACAUGCGUCUAUGUCGGCAGCAUGACGGGCGACUACCACGAAAUGCUGAUGCGAGACCCGCAAGACAUGCCCAAAUACAUGGCCACAGGAACAGCACGAAGUAUCCUUUCCAACAGAAUAUCAUACUGCUUUGACUGGCAUGGACCGUCCAUGACCAUUGACACAGCCUGUUCGUCCAGUCUGGUGGCAGUCCAUGAGGCAGUCCAGGCACUGAGAAUGGGAACGUCAAAGGUCGCCUGUGCUGCGGGUGCCAACCUGAUUCUUGGCCCAGAGAUGAUGAUUUCAGAGUCGAAACUGCACAUGCUGUCGCCCACAGGCAGAAGCCGAAUGUGGGAUGCCGCAGCUGAUGGCUAUGCACGAGGCGAGGGCUUUGGAGUUGUCAUUCUCAAGACCUUGGCUGAGGCAGUUGCUGAUAAGGACAACAUCCACUGCAUCAUCCGUGAGACCGGAGUGAACUCUGAUGGACGAACCAACGGUAUCACGCUCCCAAGCUCCGAGUCGCAGACGACUCUAAUUCGGCAAACAUAUGCUCGCGCGGGACUCGACUUGACUAAGGACCGAUGCCAAUACUUUGAAGCCCACGGGACCGGAACGCCUGCGGGAGAUCCGAUUGAGGCUCGAGCCAUCCACGACGCUUUCUUCCCAAACAAAGCAACAGCCAGCAGCGACAAUGUCCUGUAUGUUGGCUCAGUGAAGACGGUCGUCGGCCACUUGGAGGGCUGCGCCGGUAUUGCAGGCCUAAUCAAGGCUAGUGAGGCCGUCAGAAGAGGCGUCAUCCCCCCCAACAUGCUGUUCGAGCAGCUUAACCCUGCCAUUGCCCCUUACUACAACAAUCUUCAGGUGCCUCGGCAGCCAAUCCCUUGGCCGGCGCUCAAGGAAGGGGAACCGCGACGAGCGAGCGUCAACUCGUUUGGCUUCGGAGGGACCAACGCGCAUGCCAUCAUCGAGAGCUACGACGCCGAAAAUGUCCGGCCUCUGGUCUCGCAGUCGGAGCCCAUCAUUCCCAUCCCCCUCGUGCUCUCAGCAAGCUCGAAUAGCACGCUAAAGCGCAUGGUGGCCAACACAAGGGGCUUCCUCGUCUCCGACACAUCAGCUCCUCUGCAAGACGUCCUGUACACGCUUUCCGAGCGCAGAUCCCAACACGCCGUCCGGGCGACCUUCUCGGGACAUAGCAGAGCAAGAAUCGCCGAGAAGCUUCAGAUUGCGAUAGAUGACGACAGCUGGACAGGCAUCAACGUGGAAGCCAAGGCGGCCCAGCCGCGCAUCCUGGGUGUCUUCACCGGCCAAGGCGCGCAAUGGCCGACAAUGGGUAGGGAGAUACUCAAGUCAUCUCCUGUGGCGCUUGAAAUCCUCAACAAACUGCAAGAAUCACUAAACAGUCUGCCCGAUCCCCCAUUGUGGACGCUCAAGGAUCAAAUUGUUGCUGAACAGAGCACCUCUCGCCUGUCUGAGGCCGCCGUCGCCCAGCCGCUGUGCACGGCGCUACAAGUCAUGCUCGUCGACCUAUUGUCGCUGGCUGGUGUCAGGUUCGACGUUGUGCUUGGUCACUCUUCCGGCGAAAUCGGCGCGGCUUACGCUGCUGGCAUGAUUUCUUCAGAAGAAGCUAUUCGCAUUGCCUAUUACAGAGGGGUCCAUGCAAAGCUUGCACGAGGCAACAACGGCAAGCCAGGAGCCAUGAUGGCUGUUGGCCUCUCGUACGACGAAGCAUCUGAGUUUUGCGAGCAAAACUUCUGUGGCAGGGUUGAUGUCGCUGCAAGCAACGCCCCAGCCAGCGUCACGCUCUCGGGAGACAAAGACGCAAUUCAGGAGGCGCAGGCCAUCUUCCAGGAGCAGGGGACCUUUGCACGCCUCUUGCAGGUCGACACGGCGUACCACUCCUCCCAUAUGCUGCCUUGUUCGGAGCCGUACCUGGAGUCUCUGGCGGCGUGCGACAUCCAGCCGAAGCAGCCUCGCGAGGGCUGCACCUGGUUCUCGAGCGUAUACGGGGAUCGGAUGGAGGGCGACAUGAUUGAUGCUCUGACGGGAGAAUACUGGAAAGACAACAUGAUCAACCCCGUGCUCUUUUCGAUGGCGGUAGAACUCGCUGCAAACGGUGAACUUCCCUGUGAUGUCGUGCUCGAGGUUGGGCCUCACCCAGCCCUCAAAGCGCCUUUUACUCAGACGUACAAACAAAGUGCGGGCUUGGAGCUGCCGUACCAGGGAGUAUUGAGCCGUGGGAAGCACGAUGUUGAGUCAAUAAGUGAGGCGCUCGGAUUUUUAUGGACGCACCUUGGAACUCCAGGCGCGAACCUGGGCUCCUUCUCGAAAGCGUUCAACCCCGACUUCUCGCCUCGCCUCACCGCCCUCCCCGCAUAUCCUUGGGAUCACUCGCAGUCUUUUUGGAAAGAAUCUCGCAAGUCUCGCAAUUUUCGCAGCAAGCCCGAUUCUCGCCAUGCCCUCCUGGGAGACCGAUCAACAGAAGAUAUUGACCAGAGCAUGGUAUGGAGGAACAUACUCCGCCUCGAAGAGCUGCCUUGGCUCGAUGGCCACCGAGUCGAGAGCCAGAUCAUAUUCCCAGCUGCUGGAUAUCUUGUCAUGGCGCUUGAAUCAUCCAGCUCCUUGACUCAUGAUGCCGACCAUGAAGUCGAGCUGAUUGAGCUGUACGACGUCGAGAUCGGAAACGCCAUCCCGCUGUCGGAUGAAUCGCCAGGCGUAGAGACUCUCUUCACGCUGAGACCAGCGAAGCCCAACGGGCGUACCAUCACAGCUGAGUGGGCAUGCUACUCUCCUGCGGGCGUUGACACAUCAUGGCGGUGCAAUGCUUCGGGAAGUCUUCGCGUCAUAUUUUGCGAUGCCCACGGUGACGAUGAGAUUCUUCCUCGCCGUGUUGCCCCUGUCGCGUCCCUAAGCAGAGUUGAGACGGAGCGCUUCUACACUUCGCUGACUGAGAUUGGGCUGAACUACACAGGUCCUUUUCGAGCCCUGCGAGCGAUCGAACGCAAGUCCGGCAUGUCGACUUCCAUUGUGACUCAACAAUCGGGGCUGCCCGCCAUCAUUCACCCUGCGGUUCUCGAUGCGGCGUUCCAGUCCGUCUUUGCAGCAUUCUGCUGGCCUGGCGACGGGACUUUGCGCGGUCCGUUUGUUCCCACAAGGUUGCGGAAACUGCGCAUCGUCAGCAAACACCUUCUCGAGUCUGCGGGGGAACUUGUUGUCGACUCUUUCAUCACUCAAUCAUCAGCGCAGAAUUUGACGGCAGACCUUGGCGUCUUCGACAUCGCUUCUAACAAAGGCAUUGUGCAGUUGGAAGGCCUGACUUGCACCUCCCUCACCCCACCAGGCCCGCAAGACUACAAGGAGCUGUACACGCGGCCUCAGUGGGAGGUUGAUAUUGCCAGUGCGGUUGCCUCUCUUCCCACUACUGACGGAGAUGAUGCCGACGAUCUGGAACUUGUUGACCUCUGCGAGAGGCUCGCGUACUACUACCUCCGCCGACUCAAUGACGAGAUUGAUCGCAGCGAGGUUCCCGCCAUGGAGUGGCACUUUCAACGCAUCUUCGAAUGGAUCGAUUACCUGUUUCCUUGGAUCGAAGAGGGCACACAUCCCACGAUUCGAAAGGAGUGGAAGUCGGACACAGGUCCCUGGUUGCAUCAGCAAAGAGCCAGAUUCCCCGACCAGGUCGACCUUCAGCUUAUCACGGCCGUGGGAGAGCACCUCGCCGAGGUUGUCCGUGGCCAGACCACGAUGCUGGAACACAUGAUCAAGGACGACGUCCUGAACAGAUUCUACAAGCUUGGACUGGGGUUCCAGAGAGCAAACGGUUUCAUGGGCCGUAUCGCUAAGCAGGUUGCUCAUCGAUAUCCUCGUAUGAAGAUCCUCGAAAUCGGCGCCGGCACCGGCGGGGCUACGAAGGGAAUACUCGAAGCGCUGGGCACGGCAUUCGAGAGCUACACGUUCACCGAUAUAUCAACUGGAUUCUUCGAAGCCGCUGCGGAGGCAUUCUCUCCUUGGAUCGACAAGAUGAUCUUCAAGCCACUAAAUGCGGAAAUUGACGUUCUUGAACAGGGCUAUCAGGAGAAAUCGUUCGACUUCAUCAUUGCCUCAAACGUGCUGCACGCGACCAAGUCAUUGUCGGAGACCAUGAGAAACAUCCGUCGACUGCUCAAGCCCGGCGGCUAUCUCCUCCUCCUUGAGGUCACUAGCGAUAUUGUUCGUGUGAAGCUGAUGAUGGCUGGCUUGUCAGGUUGGUGGCUGGGAGGCGAAGACGGCCGCCGCUACGGACCAACCAUCACUAGAGAGCAGUGGGAUUCAUUAUUGAGAAACACGGGAUUUUCCGGUGUCGACCACAUUAUCAACGACUUCAUUGACGAGUCCAAGUACAUGACGUCCGUCAUGGUCUCGCAAGCUGUUGAUGAGGACGUUGCUCUCCUGCGACAGCCGCUGUUGGCCUCCGCCGAACACCACGCCUGGACCCGCUCUCCAAUCACCAUGGUUGGCGGAAGAUUGGAAGAUGUCGCAUUCCGAACUGCCAAGGCAUUAUCUUCUAUUCCAGGCCUGAAACCUCAAAUUCACUUGGUCGAGAAGCUUGUGGAUAUAGCAGAAACAUCCCUGCCCACGACCACGCUUGUCGUUCUGGAGGACCUGGACGAGCCUGUAUUGCAAAGAGUCUCACAGGAGAAACUCCGCCACAAUCCCGCCAUAAGUGUCAUUGCGCUAUCCAGCACCCAUGGUUCAACUAUCAGCGUGGCUCCUGGCUGCGUCUUCAAGGUCGCUCAAGGCUCAAACGCUGUGACCAUUCUGCAAGACGUCACAGCUGCUGUGAUUGCUGACCAGCUCAUCUGUGACAUUCCGUUUGGGAGCACUGUCGUGUUGCACAGAAGCGACAAGUUUCUCGGAGCAGUGAUCAAACGCAAAGCAGCCAAGGCUGGACUGAGUGUGAAGAAUAUCGGCCUUCACAAAUAUGUCUCCGAGAAGGUGUUGCGCGACGCCGUUCCUGCAUCUUCACGACUUGUUGUCGACUUUGCUCCCGUUUCCGAUUGGGCUGAUUGCCUACCCGAGGAUUGCAAAUACUGGAACGUGCGAAACCUCUUCCCACAAUCGCCCAAGGGAGAGCCAGUUCUUGCUGCAGAAGCUGUGAAGCGGCUCGUUGAUCUGGCACAGCUGCAGCCAUCUAUCUUCUCAAAGGUUGAUGUCGUCCCUCUGGCUGAUCUUGUUAAGCAACCCGUAUCAGCGACAUCAUACUCAACCAUUGUUGACUUUUCCGAUACUUUGCCUAUUCCAGCCCAAAUGUCCGUCCUCGAUGCCUCAACGCUUUUCCGAAGUGACCAUACGUAUCUGCUUGCAGGCUGUACCGGUGGCCUCGGUAAAGCUCUCUGCCUAUGGAUGGCAUCGCAGGGCGCCAAAUACUUUGCACUCACAACACGAGAUCCCCGCAAGAUCGACCAGCUAUGGCUCACGGAAUUGGCUGCAUUAGGUGCCAAGGUCAAUCUCUACGGGCUAAGUAUCGCGGACAAGGUUGCCCUGUCGGCUGUUCGUGACCAGAUCGAGCAAGAUAUGCCCCCAAUUGCUGGUGUUGUGAAUGCAGCCAUGGUUCUCUCCGAUAGAUCGUUCGGUGAAUUGACAGCUCAAGACUUUCAGAUGGUUUUUGGUCCCAAGGUUGACGGUACCAAGAUCCUCGAUGAGCUGUUCCACGACCAGCCGCUAGACUUCUUCAUCAUGUUCUCCUCCCUUGCAAGUAUCGUUGGCAACCGUGGUCAGUCCAACUACGUCGCCGCGAAUCUGUUCAUGUCUACCAUUGCAGAGCAACGCAGGCGAAGAGGGCUGGCGGCAUCCGUCAUCCACAUUGGCAUGGUCUUAGGCGUUGGAUAUGUGUCGUCAACUGGCAUCUACGAGAGCAUUUUGCGUCAGUAUAACUACAUGCCGAUUCCUGAGCAGGACUUCUUGGACAUGUUUUCUGAGGCCAUCGUUGUUGGCCGACCCGAGUCCAGCCAUUGCCCAGACCUCAUCACCGGCUUGAACCGCCACAGUCUACGCGACGAUGUGCAGCGGCCAUUCUGGCACGAGAAUUUGAAGUUCUCCCACCACACAAUCAGCGAAUACCGUCAGGCUGAGGCUACAACAGCAGAAAGGAUGUCGCUGGCGCAGCGCCUAGCUCAGGCAAUGACCACAGAGGAAGCAGAGAACCUCAUUCGAGAGGGCUUUUGUGCCAAGCUUGAGCGGAUGCUGCAGGCCGCGAAGGGGUCCAUCCAUGUAUCGCAGUCCCUACUGAAUCUGGGCGUUGACUCUCUGAUUGCCGUCGAGAUUCGCUCCUGGUUCUUGAAGGAGCUGGAUGUCGACGUGCCAGUCCUCAAAGUCCUCAGCGGAGCAUCAGUUUCAGAUCUAUGCAAAGAGGCUGCCGGAAAGGUGACAAUUGGUACUGAAACACCCAGCGAAGUAGUUGCACCAGUCACGGAACCCAUUCAACUGACUCCCACCUCGACAAUCACGACGGCUGCUCAAUCCACUACGCCAUCUGUCUUCGACGGCUCAAGUUCCUCCUCCAGUCGCGGUGUUUCGCCCCCUCGAUCAUCAUCUGAUGUCAUUGAGAAUGAGCCCAAGAUAACGCGGCAGCAGCUGCACAUUGAGCGGGUGGCGGAGAUGUCAUUUGCGCAGCGCAGAUUGUGGUUCUUGCGCCAAUUUCUCCAAGAUCCAACAACAUACAACGUGACGCUUUCGUACAGCAUCACUGGCCGACUGCGAAUCAAUGACUUCCGCAAUGCUUUCCGACAAGUUAUUGCACGACACGAAUCGCUCCGCACAUGUCUCUACAACGAUCCAGACACAAAUACGCCCACACAGGCCGUUUUCUCGGAUGCGAUCUUUGAACUCGACUGCAAAGCGGGCACAACAGUUGAACGCGAGUUUUCCAAUAUGCGCGAACACGUCUUUGACCUCGAAAACGGAGAAAAUAUGAGGGCAGUCGUCAUCUCAAAAUCAGAGUCUAAGCACUUCUUCGUGCUCGGCUUUCACCAUCUUGCUUUUGAUGGGUUCAGUGCUCAGACAUUGGUCAAGGACCUGGCAAUGUUUUAUGCCGGGCGGCCUUUGCCUCCCCUUCGAUACCAGUAUGUCGACUUUGCCAUCAAGGAAAGGACUCUUUCGUGGAAUGAUGAUAUCGCGUACUGGAAGGCUGAGUUCUCUGAGCUUCCCGAGACUCUGCCGCUGUUUGAAUUCACCGAGACAAAAGCUCGUAUUCCCUUGACUGAGUACAGUACCCGAGCUUUGACGCAGCAACUUCCUGAUCGUAUCGCGUCGCAGAUCAAAGCGGCAUCGAGAGUCCUGGACGUUACUCCUUUCCAUUUCCACCUGGCCAUAACGCAAGCGAUGUUGUCUCGUCUGUUGGGCAUCAGCGACGUCUGCAUUGGAAUUACGGAUGCCAACAAGAACGAUUCGGAGUUUCUCGAUACGAUUGGCUUCUUUGUCAAUCUGCUGCCGAUCCGCUUCAAGACAGAUGGCACUCAGUCUUUUGCUAGCCUAGCGACAAUGACAAAAGACAAGGUGCAUAAAGCGCUGGCACAUUCUCGGGUACCGUUUGAUAAACUCCUGGAUGAGCUCAAGAUUCCUCGUUCAACAUACCAUAGCCCGCUUUUCCAAGUGGUUCUCAACUACAAGAUGGGUUCAACCCAGUCUGUUCCCCUGGCAGAGUGCGAAGCGCGAGCCAUUCGAUUCGAAGAUGCCAGAAACGCCUACGACCUAAGCUUUGAGAUUGAAAACUUACCAGAUGGCGGAGUGCUUCUCUCUCUCAAGACACAAGAUUACUUGUAUACCGACCAUGAUCUGCAGACAAUUCUUGUUACAUAUACACAUCUGCUUGACACAUUGUCACGCGAACCAAGCUCGGCCAUCAACGCAGUCGACCUUGCCCCUGCUUCACGUUUGGACCUCGGUUUGCAGCUUGCUCGAGGCGAUACAUACGAGCCAGCAAUUUUCCACCUUCCCGGUUGGCUUCAUCAUUGGACCACCCAACAACCUGAUGCAAUUGCCAUUAAAGACGAUUCUGGUGCUGCGUUUUCAUACCGCGAGACUACGGAGCGAGUCAAUGACAUUGCGGGGCUGUUGGUCGACGCUGGCGCCCAGUCAGGUCAGCGAGUUGGUUCUUACUGCGAGCCAAGCAUCGAUGCCAUUUGCGCUCUUCUGGCGAUACAAAAGAUUGGCUGCGUCUACGUGCCGCUCGAUGUGCAGAAUCCGGUGCCUCGCUUAAAUCUUAUCAUCAAGGAUUGUCAGCCAUCGCUUUUGGUGUAUCACGACGCGACUGAACCAUCUGUGAAGCAUUUUGAGACGUCUGCAUCACUGGUCUCCAUUUCUAAGAUUUCUUCAUCAAAGACAACUGCUUCGCAGUCAUCCGCGCUCGAUCAUUCUGCCACAGCUUAUAUACUCUACACCAGUGGUACGACCGGCAUUCCCAAGGGAGUUAUGCUGUCGCAUGCCAACUUGAUGUACCACAUUGCCGGCGUCUACAACAAAUACGGUCUGGAGAAGGAAACAGUUCUUCAUCAGUCGUCUCUCGGGUUCGAUUUGUCGCUGGCCCAAAUCUGUCAAGCUCUGUACUCUGGAGGCAGUCUCGUCAUUGCGCUGAAGGAGUGUCGACGGGAUCCAGCGCUUCUCGCGAAGCUCAUGCUUGACGAAAAAAUCACCUACACGUGGAUGACGCCAACUGAGUAUUCCAUGAUUUUGAGAUACGGUGCCGAAUACCUGCGACAAUCGACAUAUUGGCGCUCGGCUUUCUCUGCUGGAGAGUUUAUGUCAUCUAAUCUGCUCAACACAUUCCUGGGAAUCCAUCCUCCACGCCUCCGCCUCUUCAACGGCUGCGGUCCUACGGAGAUCACAAUCAACAACUGUAUUGGUGAGAACGAGCUGAGCGACUCGGCGCCGCGUGAUACUCGAAAUCCAUCCAUUGGAAGGUCGCUACCAAAUUAUUCUACAUAUGUACUCGAUGAGAACCUGAAGCCAGUUCCGGUCGGAUUUCCGGGAGAGAUCUGUGUCAGCGGCCCUGCCGUGUCCCAAGGGUUCGUUGAUCGCGAUGAGCUCACUGCUGCAAAGUUUCAGCCCGAUCCUUACGGUUCUGGGCACUUGUAUCGUACUGGCGACAAGGCCAAAUUCCUUCCCGAUGGCCGCCUUGUGUUCCUCGGCCGUAUGAUGGGUGAUUCUCAAGUCAAGCUCCGCGGCUUCCGAGUAGAGCUCAACGACAUCGCCAACACCAUCAUCAGGGCUAGCGAAGGUGUCAUUCGUGAUGCGGCAGUCAGCUUCCGAAGAGGACAGGACACAACCGAGGACUUCUUAGCAGCUUUUGUUGUUCCAUCUUCAAAUCAGGAUAUUGUUGCGCCCAGAGUCCUGGAACAGCUUCGAGACAAGUUGCCCCUGCCGGCCUAUAUGCGCCCUGCUAGACUAAUCGUCGUGCAUGACUUACCCGUGAACUCGUCGGGAAAGCUCGAUCGAUACGCCUUGGAUAAGCUUCCAAUUCCUGGCAUUUCUUCGACUGCUGAGGUUGAACAGCUAAACGUGACACAAUCAAAGUUGAGAGAGCUUUGGCUUAAAGUCCUGCCUGAUGUGGAUGCUGCUGCGAUCGGUACCGACACGGACUUCUUCUCCAUUGGCGGCAACUCUCUCCUCAUGGUCCGUCUUCGUGGAUUGAUCGCGCAAUACUUCUGCACAGAGAUCUCUGUGUUUGAGCUGUUUCAAUCCAGUAGCUUGGGCAGCAUGGCUGCCAAGCUUCGGUCAUCUGAGACUCGGGAGGUGAUCAACUGGGACGAGGAGACUUCUGUGCAGCCUUUGUCGGUCACUGAUAGCACUGCCCUUCAGCAAGCCUCAGACGGGCUCGAAGUCCUACUCACCGGAGCCAGUGGGUUCCUCGGGUCAUCUAUACUCAGUCGCCUUGUUGCAGACGAACGCGUUGCCAUGGUGCACUGUGUCGCGCUCCGCGGGAUUCGCCCUCUGGCUGUGCAGUCACCAAAGAUUAAAGAGUAUCCCGGAGAUCUUUCAAAGGACCUUCUGGGUCUAUCCGAAUCCGAAUUUAGGACUCUGUGCAAUCGCGUGCACCGCAUCAUUCACAACGGCGCGACAGUAUCUUUCCUACAGUCUUAUUCGUCUCUUCGCAAGCCAAACCUUGAGAGCACAAAGACGCUGGUGUCCCUCGCCGCAUUCAGAGGCAUUCCGCUGCACUAUGUUUCUUCCGCCGGAGUUGCCAAAUUUACCGGGUUGGACGGCCUACCUCCUGUUUCCAUUUCCCAGCACGAACCACCGACUGAUGGAUCAGACGGCUAUUCGGCCACGAAGUGGGCGUGUGAAGUAUACUUGGAAAAAGUGACGGAAAACACCAACCUGUCUAUCUGGAUCCAUCGCCCCAGCAGUAUCACGGGAGAAAAUGCUCCUGAUACCGACUUGAUGCAGAGCAUCAUUCGGCACUCUCUGGCCUUGCGGGCCAUUCCUGAUCUCUCCUCCUGGCAAGGCAGCUUCGACUUUGUCCCCGUUGACGACGUUGCGGCAGGCAUCACCUCAGCCUUAUACGACGUCGGUCAGGGUUUAACGUUUGCUCAUCAUUGCGGCAAGCAAAAGAUACCCGUUUAUGAGCUAAAGAAGCAUUUGGAAAGUGCAAACGGCAUCAAGCUAGAUGUUUUGAACUUGAAAGAAUGGGUGGACAGGGCAAAGUCCGACGGAUUGCUGGACAAUGCCAGCGAGGCUAUGAUUGACGGAGUCGUGGGCGUUUCUGAUGGCAAGGCGAUUUUACCGAGCCUACUUUAG